AGGCGGGGCCGGGCCGGGGCCGAGCGGCGGAGCGGAGCGCGCCCGGGGCACGCGGGGCGCUCGCAUCCGCUGUCUGCCCGUCGGCUUCUUUAGCGUCUGUCUGGGGUUUGUGAAAGACCGAUGAAGUUCUAAACCAGACAGAUCCCUGCUGUGCGCGUGGUGUACAAAAUGCUGCUGUUCCUAUUCGUGGCUUUGUAGCUGAGGUUCUCCCCCCCGGCGCUUCGGCCUCGCCGCGCAGCAAUGGCUUCAGGAACAGCGCUGAUUUAUGAUGAGGAGAUGACCGCUCACAAACUACUUUGGAGUGAUCCCAUUUGUGAUAUUGAAGUGCCAGAAAGACUUUCCUCCUCCUAUGAGCAGCUUAGAAGUUACCAUCUUGUGGAAAGGUGUGUCCCUGUGCCUGCCAGAGAAGGAAGCGAGGAGGAGAUCCUGUUGGUUCACAGUUUAGAGCACUUGGAAGUGGCAAAAAGCACUCAGACAAUGAAUGAAGAGGAGCUGAAAAGGGUCUCCAAAAAUUAUGAUGCUUUUUUCUUUCAUCCGAGCACUUACCGCUGUGCCAGACUAGCAGUAGGAGCAGCUUUGCAGCUGGUGGAUGCUGUGAUGGCAGGGAAAGUGCACAAUGGAAUGGCGUUAGUCAGACCUCCAGGUCACCACAGCCAGAGAAAUACAGCUAACGGGUUUUGUUUGUUCAACAACGUUGCUAUUGCAGCAGAAUAUGCAAAACUGAAGUAUGGUCUGCAGAGAAUCCUAAUUGUUGACUGGGAUGUGCACCAUGGGCAAGGAACUCAAUAUAUAUUUGAAGAAGAUCCAAGUGUUUUGUACUUUUCUUGGCAUCGUUAUGAACAUCAGGAGUUCUGGCCAUCACUCAGAGAAUCCGAUUAUGAUGCUGUAGGUCUGGGAAAAGGAAAAGGUUUUAAUGUAAAUUUGCCUUGGAAUAAGGUUGAGAUGGGAAAUUCAGAUUACCUUGCUGCUUUUUUCCAUGUGUUGCUUCCGAUGGCAUUUGAGUUUGAUCCUGAACUGGUUAUUGUCUCCUCUGGAUACGAUUCUGGAAUUGGUGACCCUGAAGGUCAGAUGAAUGCCACUCCUGAGGUUUUUGCCCACCUUACCCAUUUCCUGAUGCAGUUAGCUAAUGGAAAACUGUGUGUCAUCCUAGAGGGUGGAUACCACUUGAAAUCAUUGGGUGAAUCAGUGUGCAUGACUGUAAGAACUUUGCUUGGAGAUCCUGUACCUCAAAUAACUGGAGAGAUGGCACCUUGUCUAAGUGCUGUUGAAUCUAUUCAAAAUGUGAGAGCAGCACAUAAAUCCUACUGGAAAUGGUUGGCUUAUGAAGACACAUCAUUUUUACAAAAUUUGAGCACUAAAUCACACUUACUAAAGAAGGCUAAUUCAAAUCCCUCCACAGAAGAUGAAUCUCGGAUAACUAAAAACAACAACACUGCCAAAGUAGAAAGGUUUUUGGAAUUGCACAUGAAAAACAUUCUAUUUCCAGUGCCUCCCAUCAAAACAGCAACAACUGGCUCUGAAGGUUCAGAACAUUUUUUUCCUCAACAUGUUCAGCUGGUGAAGGAAAUGGACAAAACAGAAAUAAAAGCUCUUGUCAGUGGCUUUUAUGCAGACCUUGUGAAAGAGGACAAAACUUUGCUCUCUCUUGGCAGUAUGUUUGUGAUCCUAGAUAAAAUACUUAAGAAGGAGGUGUGUAAUGGAUUUGCAGCAUCACCCUCAGCUGCUCUUUCUGCUGCUGUUGCACUAAGACAUUCUGUUCGUUUUGGAUUUCAAAGAGUGCUUUGUGUAUUUGUUGGAGACAUGCAGAUGAUACCAAACACAGAAGAUGGAAAAAUACUUGUCAUAAACAUCUGUGAGAAAGAACAGUCUAGAAAGACCAGCUGCAAACACUAUAUUUCUCUAAACUGGAAAGAGGAUGCUGAAGGAAAUGAUUUCUUUUUUGCUGUACUUGGAUUAAUUCUUCCUGUAGCAUAUAGUUAUCAACCAAACCUAACAGUAAUAGCUGUUGGACCAAACAGGAACCUUGGAAUAAGUGGGAUUUCUCUGCUUGUUGCUUUACUACGAGGAUUAGCUGAGUCUCGAAUUUUUGCUGUGAUUGAGGACACAGAGAUAAGUUUAAUGCAAAGUGUAGCCAAAGCAUUAGUGGGUGCUUCUACACCUCCCUUUGGAAUUUAUGUACCUCCUACCCAAGAAAAGGUAAAUAAAAUAAAAACAUUGAGGGACCAAUUUCAGCAGGAAUGGAAAAUGCUUCAGUGUUCAGGUAAGUUGUCUGAUUUUAUCUUUAACUCUGUAAGUUAAGUUACUGUAAGUUUCUGGAAAGAUGAUAUAAAUACAGCUGGGUCCUGUAAGUCAGUGGGACAUUUAAAGUCAUUGGCACCAGGCUGAUCUAAUGUGAAACUGCUGAAACUCUGAAUGCUUCUAAUUCUGCCACUUGAGCUGGAAAGCACCAAAUUCCAUAGCAUAGCAACUGUACCCUUGGGACUUAGAAUACUGUUACUCCAAAAUUUUGGAAUGAAAUGAAACCAAAAUAUGUGCUUAAAGAAUGGGUAACAAGAUGUGCCCUGAUUAGCUCUGAUUGCUAAUGUGGUUUCUGAAUACAGUGCAAAACCAGGUGAUAUUUUUAAAUGUUUAACUUGUCCAUUCAUAAACUCCAUAAUGAUUAGUCAUAGUGCAAGUACAGUUAAAGAGCUGAAGAUCAGGCAGUGCAUUUGUAGAGGAAUCAGGCCAGGCAGGUAUGUAUAUUUUCAAGCAUACUUGUCUAGAAAUAUUUCUUUGUUGAAUGACUUCUGGUUUUCAACAACAAAAAAAGCAAUUAUAAAGGUGAGCAUCAAUAAAAGAAAAUGUCAUUCUCUCCUUUCAGAAGAAAUGCCCAAUACCAGGGGUCUGGUUCCAAAAAAAUAUUCUUGUGGGGUCAGGAAUUGUGGUAAUAACUGGUUUUCUUACUGCUGUUCUUUUCAGUGAAGGAUGAGAUUUCCAGAAAUUGAUUUCACUUCAGAAUCAUUUUACAAAAAAGAAGAAAAGGAAAAUAUGAGGACUUCACUCUGCCCUCUUGAAGCAUAAAUUCUCAGUAUAACAAAUAAGAACUCCACAUCUCCAGAGACUUAAUAGCGGCCUAAAGACACAUCAUGUAAUUUCUCAAAAUUAAACAAGCAUUCCAAGGCAAUAGUCAUUAUAUGCCUUGUUUUGUAGUAUUCAGGUAUGAUUUAGGGAUCACUUUCAUGAGUACUUUUUUGUUACUGUGAUUUCAAUAAUUUGACCUUUUGAUUUCAGACACUUCAAAUGAUGUUUAUACUGGUGUUCCUACUGGGUUCAACUUUAUAUCAUGGAAUAAUUAAAUCUGUCUUUGCAGUUGUCUUUUUUAAUUGUU